AUGCUCGAUGGUGGUAUCUUGUACCUCCCAGCUAACUAUCUUGGCUUUGAGUCGGCCAAGGUGUUUAACGUACACCUGUCCGUCUCCUACCUCUCUUUCUCCUCAAUCCAAAUCAAACACUUUCCCAAAUCACAACAACAUCUUAGUGUUCCUAUCUUGAUUAUGCUACCACAAUCUCUGGGUCUAUUUGCGUUUUCCGCUUUCGCGGCAGUUGCGCAAGGCGCAAGUGUUUCACUGGAUGCACGCCAGGGACUCAAACUUGCAUGGAUUAAGGGCGGAGACAAGCCAGCCGGAAGAUUGAUCGGACCUAUAUGCGAGGAAAUUAGGGAUACAGUAGAUUGUCUAUGUUCGAGUGGUCGCUCCGGUCUUUGGCUUGCGAGAAGUGAAGCAAUACAGAGGGUUUCCAGUGCGGCUGUCAUCCGUGAUUCCGAACAGGGCAUGGCUAGAAAACCGUCAUACAAUUAUCCAGGUCCUCAGAACCCUGAAUACACCUGGCUACACCUGCGCUUGCGGUUAUGCUGGUGA